ACUCCAGAUAAACUCUUUCAUCACUUUUUAGAAAUUGUUGUUUCUUGAAUUCAUAAUACAAGACUGCGUGAGAAAUAUUAUUCUUAUCUUUAUUAAAGAUUAAUACGAAAUGCCAGGUGGUGACACAGAAAAGUUAGAAGAUUUGAAUGAAAGGAUAGAAGCAUUCACGAAAGAAAUGAGACAAGGAAACCACCCGGGAUCUUAUUCUGUGGCAAAUGAUACAGUUAACUUGUUAAAAAGGAUAAUAGCACAAAAGAAAUGGACCAAUGCACUUGAUUUAAUGAAUGUGUUGAAGACAGAGGGGAAGAGAUUGAUGGCAUCCCAACCAUCAGAAACUGUAAUAGGUAAUAUGGUGAGAAGAGUGUUGAAAAUUAUUAGAGAAGAAUAUGCCAGUGCAUCUCGAGGUACUACAGAAGAGGAAGAAUCUCAAGAUUCCUUACAUAAAUUACUUCUAGCAGAAAAACAUCCAGAUGACUUUAGUUCUCACACACCUAAUUUAAAAGCGUCUGUAAUAGAAGCUAUAUCAGAAUUACAGUCAGAAUUAGAAACAAGUGCUGAAAACAUAGCUUCUCAAGCUUUAGAACAUAUUCACUCAAAUGAAGUUAUAAUGACAUGUGGUAAAUCAAAAACUGUUGAAGAAUUCUUAAAAAAUGCUGCUAAACAGAGAAAAUUUCAAGUUAUUGUUGUAGAAUGUGCUCCAUUUUAUUAUGGCCAAGAGUUAGCAUUAAGUUUAGCUAAAUCUGGCAUAGAGACCAUGGUAAUAAAUGAUACAGCUAUAUUUGCCAUCAUGUCUCGUGUUAAUAAAGUUAUUAUUGGUACCCAUACUGUCAUGGCAAAUGGAGGUUUAAAGGCUAUAAAUGGAAGUCAUGCAAUAGCUUUAGCAGCCAAACAUUAUUCUACACCACUGAUUGUUUGUGCAGCCAUGUUUAAACUAUCACCACAGUAUUUGUGUUCUUAUGAUCAGGAUGCAUUUAAUAAAUUUGUCAGUCCACAUGAAGUUCUUCAGUUUUCUGAAGGUGAAAUAUUAGCUAAAGCUCAGAUACAUAACCCAGUGUUUGAUUAUGUACCAUCAGAACUCGUAACUCUUUUUAUAUCUAAUAUUGGCGGAAAUGCUCCAUCUUAUGUUUACAGAUUACUCAGUGAAUUAUAUCAUCCUGAUGAUCAUGAUCUUUAGUUCAGCUUCAAGACUCGUUAUAAGAUGCAAAUCUUUAUAAGAUGCAAAAUUUUAUUUAUAAGAUGCAAAACUUUAUAAGAUGCAAAUCUAGCAUAUGGAAUUAAUUUUAUGUGUAAGGCCAUACAAACAAAUUCUAGUUUUCAAGUUCUCAGACAAUCCCUCGUCUGGGGGUGGGAGGGGGCGGGGUCAGGGGUGUUUUUGUGUUUUUAUUUUGUGAAAGUGUCACAACUGGUCUGAUUGGCUUCUCAUAAACCUCACAUUUCAAGGCACUACAUUUAUCUCAUCACUCUAUUGAUUUUAUGAUUAUCCCGUAUCAUAUUGUGGUAAUUAAUGACACUGUAUUUAAGGUCAUGCUGCUUUUUUUUAAGUGAUGAGGGCAGCAGGAGUAUCUGAGAACCAGAAUAUUUAUGUAUAUCGCCUAACAACAAUCAAAUUUUAUGUUGCCAGGCAACUACUAUGAAAUUUUGUGUGUCGGCUUCACU